AUGACCAACAUCACAACUUCAACCCGCUACUGCACAACCACAAUGAGGGCUUUUGGAGCUGAAAUUUCAGGAGAUCGCGUCCCAGGUGGUGAAUUGUCUGUUCGCCAAAGGGAUAGUAUUGUCUCCAAGGCAGAGGCAGGCUGUACUACCAAGGAACUGGCAGAAGAAUUCAGCUGUUCACGUCGCACAAUCCAGAAGACAAUCCAGCGGUACAACAUGACUGGCAACAACCAAUCUAAGCCUCGGCCUGGUCAACCUCCACGUAUAUCCCGUCGAGAAAGACGUUAUCUCCAU